CUGCCACUUCACAACAACCGAGCAGCGUUUUAGGCACGCAUUUGAAAUUAAUUUUAAAUAAAAUUUCAGCUGCUUCUUUACUAAUAAUCCACUAAUUUAAUCAAACACAAUGUCGGACGAGGAAGUGAUUCGACGCCGCCUGCAAAUCGACGGCGAUGGCACUGGAGACGACCGGCGUUUGAACGAUCUGCUGAAAACCUUUGUUAAAUGGUGCAACUCUCCGGACAGCCCAGAGAACAGUCAAGCCAUCCACGAUCGAUUGCUCGCCCAGCUGGCCCAGUGCGAGUUUGCGAUGAAAAAGUCCGAUUUCUCCGCUCGGGUGAUGGAGCAGGAGCUGAAGAACUAUGCGACAAUUUCGGACACCAUCGAGGCAGGGAUCGAAACGGCCAAAACGCAAAUCACUCAAAGCAAACAGAACCUGGUGCUGGCCAAAAAGAUCCGUAAGAACCGGAUGGAGUAUGAUGUGCUGGCCAAAAUUAUCAGCCAGCAGCCGGAUCGGAAGAACACCAUUAAGGAACUGGAGACGCUGAAGCAGGAAAUGGACCAACUACAGGAGAAGAAGGCGGUUCUCGAGCGGAAGCUGGAGACGAAGAAGAAGGACUUCACAGUGCUGAUGCGAUCAAUCGUGGAACUGCAGAAUAAGCUGGAUGCCAUCGGGGAAGAUGGCCAGGAUAGUGUGGACGACAAAAUGUCUUGCGAUGAUGAACCGAUUAUCGUAAGCGAAACGGUUAUGAUUGAGGAUACCGAAGCUGUAACGCCGAAGAAGAGUUGAGAAGCUCAUAGAAUUAAUUUAAUCUUAAGAAUAACCGUGGUACGUAAUGCGAUCAGGUACCUGGAGAGAAAUAUACGGUUCUAAAACAA